AUGUCGAGCCGCGGCACCCUCAAGAACUUCUUCGAAGAGAAGGGCUUCGGCUUCAUCACCCCCGACGACGGCAGCGAGGACGUGUUCGCGCACGUGAAGGAGAACCCCGCGCUGAACGACUGCCAGCAGGGCGACUCCGUGUCCUACGACGCGGAGUACGACGACCGCAAGGGCAAGUACAAGGCCGUGAACGUGAACUCCGGCGGCGGAUGCGGCGGCGGCGGCGGCAAGGGGAAGGGGAAGGGCAAGGACAAGGGCGGCAAGGGCGGCUACGCGCCGUACGGCAAGGGCUGGUCUGGGUCUCCUGAGGCACUCGCUGGAGCCAUGUCGAGCCGCGGCACCCUCAAGAACUUCUUCGAGGAGAAGGGCUUCGGCUUCAUCACCCCCGACGACGGCAGCGAGGACGUGUUCGCGCACGUGAAGGAGAACCCCGCGCUGAACGACUGCCAGCAGGGCGACUCCGUGUCCUACGACGCGGAGUACGACGACCGCAAGGGCAAGUACAAGGCAGUGAACGUGAACUCCGGCGGCGGAGGCGGCGGCGGCAAGGGGAAGGGCAAGGGCAAGGACAAGGGCGGCAAGGGCGGCUACGCGCCGUACGGCAAGGGCUGGUGA